AUGGAAAAAGAAACUUCUUCUGUUAAUACAUCACAUUAACAAUAAUAAUAACAAUAAAAUAAGGAAGAGAGUAAAUUAAAAAGUCUAUUGUAGGGUAGCUAUGAUUACAUUCAUAGAGAGACAGGUAAAAUGAUUUAGAAAGUAAAUUCGAUAUAAAUAUUUCGAUUAGAAACUUUAUAAGCGAGCAUUCUAGCUUUUAGAAAAGUUUUAUCAUUAAAGAAAAGAUCUUGAAUUAGGAGAAAUGGUUAUGUUGAAUCGUAGAAUAAUUAAUUGCAUUAAUAAAAUACUAAAAUAAGGAUUACUCAAACCUGAUAUUGAAUAAGACAGACCAGAGAUUAUGCUCCAUAUAUUCCAUAGAGGAAGUUAAGCUAUAUUUGAAUUAUACAAAUACAUUAAUCUGUAUAUUUAAAAAGUAAUACCAAAUGAAAUGAAAGGAAUUGUGUAAGCCUAUUAAAUAAGAAUAUUAGUUUGGAGGAUGUAUCUCAUUUAACAAGUUCUGAUGAGGAAGACGAAUAAAGAAUUAAAGAACAUGAAGUUACAGUACUAUUUUACAAAAUUAAUGAAUAUGGUUUACCAAAAAAAGAGAAAAGUAAAAAAUAAGUUAAGGAAUUGAAUCCUUAUGAAUAAGAGAUUUCAGAAUCUAGUAGAAUUGCAAAUAUGGUUGUCAAAACUGUGAAACCUUUGAAUAUUUAAUUUGAGUUAGAUCAGUACUUUUAUAAUUUAAUUGAACUUCAAUUAAUGGCUAAUCUAAUAUUUAAGAAAGCCAAUAAACCAAAGGUGGCUUAUUACUAUUUGGUGGAAGCUUAAAGAAUUGCUAAAUAAAUAUUAGAUACUCCAAAUCCUAAUUUAGUAAAUGCAUGUGCUAGAGUCAAGAUAUAUUUUGCAAAUUAUUUAUAUGAAAUAAGUGAAUAUAAGGAAUCACUUAGAAAUGCUGAGGAAGCAAUUGUAAUUUUAUGUGGAGAGAUGAGAAUAAGAAUUAAUUAAGAAAAAUUUGUAUAGAAGAAAAAUAAAUAGAGGUAUAUAUAAGUGUUACUUAUACCUAAAUAGGGAGAGACGAAGAAUGAAAAGAUGUGUGAUAACAACAUUAUCAGCAUUAAUUACAAUGAUGUGUAGUUAUGAAGCAGAAAAUAAUUAUCAUAGGAUUGUUGAAACUUUAACUACAGCCAGUUGGUUGGCUGAGAAAUAUAUAUAAGGAAUUGAUGAAUUUAAAAAACAUAUAGUUAAAUUGGCUAGUGAAGGUAAACAUAGAUUGGAAUAAAAUCUAAAGGAUUUAGCAGAUUUAAGUUAUAUUGCUGAAUCAAUAUUGGAUUAAGAAUUACAUAAGAUUAGAAAGACUUAAAGAGAUUAAAGAGAACAAUCAGAAUCUGAUUAUUUAAAAAAAUUCAAUAGUGAUAUGUUCAAUCUAUUUUAAGUUAAGUCAUUGAAUGAAUAGUUAUAUUUUAAAACAUAAGUAAGAGAAGAAUAAAAAAAAAAAUAAUAAUUUGAUAAUAAAAUUAUUGAAUAAUCAUAACCUCAUGGAACUGAUGCUUCAAUUAAUAUAUUUGAUAGUGAUUCAAAUAGUAAAGAUAGUUUUUUUGAAGGUAGUUUCUUUGCACCAUCUAUUGAUAAUUUAUAAUUUGAUUCAAAAUUAUUUGAAGAAAAAAGACCAUAAUCAGUUACUAGAAGACCAAUUAAUAGAAAAAUAUUUAAACCAAACAGAUAAAAAGGUAAAUCUGUAGGUUUAAUUAAAAUUGGAUUAGAAAGACCAUAAGAUUAUAAAUCAAGGAUAUUGACUACUACUCAAUAUUUUAAUGAAUAUUAGAAACCAAAAGUAUAAGAAGAGAAGAAUGUAAGUAAUACAGGAGCUUUAUUAAAAAGACAAUUAGAAAAUUUAGAAUAUAGAGAACAUCCAGAUAGAGAUGAACAUCACAAAUAAGAUUUGGAUGUAUAUGUUAAUAAAAUGGUUAAUGGAAAAAUUCAAUCUAAUGAGAUUAGAGAUUAUAAUGAGUAAAAUAAUUGUAUAUUUUAGUAUAUUAGGAUAGUUAUUCAGUUUAAGAAAGAAAGAGGAUUUUGAUAAAAAAGAAUUUCAAUUUGGAAGAAGAAUGUUAAAUCUUAAAGCUAAAGAAGAGAUUAUGUUUUAUAAAGAAUCUUUUAAGACUCCUCCUGUAAAAGUUGAGAUAGAUACAAAAGUUAAAGAUCAAGCACAUAUCAUAGAUGGUAAAAUAACUGCUGAGAAAGAAUUAAAGGACUUAAAAAGAAGAAAGAUAGAUAAAAUGGUUGCUGGUAAAAAAAUAGUUCAAACUAAUGUGAAUAUUGAUUUAAAGGAUCCAGAAGAAACUAAUUAUUUAAAAAAAGUAUUAGAGAAAAGUAAAAAGAAGAAACUAAAAGAUUUAAUAUAUAAACAUAGAGAAUCAUUAGGAUUAGCUAAAUUCUUUGCCAAUUAGUUAAGAGAAAUGAGAGAAAAGGAAAGAAUUUUAAAACUUAAAUCAGCUUUGGAAAGAGAAAUAUCAGUAGAUGUGGCAGAUAAUCAAAGCCAAUAAUAAUAAUAAAUAAAAUAAAAAAAGAAUGUUAAAAUAGUUGUACAAUAAAUAGAUAAAUAAUAAUAAACAUAAUAAGUUUCUUUAUAACCUUCUUAGUUACAACAAUCUCAAGCUGGAACAGAAGAUCCUAAAAUUUAAGGAUAAAUAUCCUUAAUUUAAUAGAAAUCAAAUUCAUAAACAACAUUACCUAAAACUAUACUAAAAAGACCUAAAGAAAUUUCAAGUGUAAAAGAAAGUCCUUAAGAAAGUUAAACUUUGAUUUCUAUGGAUGUUUAAGGAACUGAUUUGAUUUUAAGGUAAGAAAAAUUAUAGAAAGCAAAAAGAGUUGUAAAAGAUCAGAUUGAUAAAUAAUAGAAAAAGUCUCAUUAAGUUAUUGGAAUGAUAAUAGAUGCAGUUGAAAGGAAAAUGGAUAUUGAAAAUAAAGAAUUGAAAAAAAUGCUUUUUAAAUAGAAAGGAGGAUCAAAAUAAUAUGUUGAUGAUGAUGAAAGAACUUAUUUAAAAUUUAUGCCAAAAUUUGCAGAUAUGAGUAGAUCAACAUAUUUAAUGUAUAUAAAAAAAGAAUUAGCAGAUAAAUAAAUUAUUACUUUAGAAGAUGUUGUUAGAGCUAAUAUGAAUAGAAAAAACUAAUUAGCAGAUAUGGCAGCAUAAAUGUUUAAAGAUAUUGGAUAGCAUAGUUGA